AUGAUUCGCACAGGACGAAGGCGAUGGCUUAACGUCAUUGCACUAGCCUCGGUCACUUUUACGUUGUUUCUCUUCGUUUCGACCGUUUGGAACAAAAGCGAAAGGCACCCCGUUAUCAACACUUUACGACAGUCAAAAUCUUUCGACGUUGUGAUUGAAGGAUCGGAUAAAGAUGCCGGAUCAAUGCAACGAAAGACCGUUUCAUAUGCGAGCGACACUUCAGCCUCGAAUACAAAUGAAAAAGUGUGCAACGUUCCAAAGCUCAAUAUAAAUGGUGCUGAUGUGGCGCAAUUCUUCAAAGCCAACACGCCGACCAUUUGCAGAAAGCCAAGGAAUUGGGCUUUUAUCAAUUCGGCCGGACGAUUUUCUCUCAUUUCUUCAAAAGCGUUGGCGUCUUGCCAAGUCCAAACUUUUACAAGGAAAAAUGACAACGAGUUAUUAUAUGGGGAAUGGACUGCUAUUCGUCCUGGUGAUUCUCUUCCAGAUGAUUUCGUGAAAGUGCAGUGCAAACUUGGUGGCGAAAGCUGGGAUGGUCUUUUAAUGUCCGUGGUUCGAAAUGAGAAGUUGGCAGAAAAUUCGAAGACAAAAACGCAACCCAGUAAUUGGUCAGGCUUGGAUGUAUUUUUCCUCGGGAUGGAUUCCGUAUCGCAUAUGAGCUAUCUACGUAAACUGCCAAAAACCGCUGCUUACUUUGAGAAGAUCAUGGGAGGUGUUACUCUUGAUGCUUACAACAUUGUUGGUGAUGGAACUCCACAAGCUUUCAUUCCAAUAUUGACUGGAAAAACCGAAGAAGAGCUUCCAUUGACGAGAAAGCGCUUUUCAACUGCGAAUUAUGUCGACGACGUCUAUCCGUUUAUUUGGAAGAAUUUCUCAGAUGCUGGUUAUGCGACUCUCUAUGGAGAAGAUGCUGCUAAUAUUGGUACUUUCACAUAUCGCUUGAAAGGUUUCCGAAAUCAACCAACUGAUCAUUACACCAGGACCUAUUUUCAGGAACACGAGAAAGUUUCGUGGGGUACAUGCAGUGGAUCUGUUCCGGUUUACAAACCAUGGUUCCGCUACAGCAAGGAGUUCAUGAAAGCAUACAAGGAUUUACCUCGGUUUUUAAUGAUGCACCUUUCAAUGUUUUCACAUGACGAUGUCAAUGCGCUUGGUCCUUUGGAUGAUGAAAUGGAAGCGCUCCUGAAAGAGAUGCAUGAAGGCGGUCUCUUUGAUCGUGCGUUGGUCGUACUUAUGGCAGAUCACGGUGCACGAUAUGCAAAACUUCGUGGUACACAUCAAGGUCAAUUGGAGGAACGUUUGCCCUUUUUUGCGUUUGCGGUCCCGCAAAGUGUUCGUGAAGGAAGGAUGAAGACUGCUUGGGAAAACCUCAUUCGAAAUAAGGACAUUUUGUCGACUCCUUUCGAUAUUCACGCGACGUUGAUGGACAUUUUGCACCUACCCAAUGAAAAAGAUCUACAAACUACUCAAGAUGCUUCGAAAAGAUCACUUUCACUCUUUCGACCAUUGCCGUUAUCAAGGACCUGUGAACAAGCUGGAGUCGACACACAUUGGUGUACCUGUUUGAAUUGGGAAGACGCCACUCAGAAACCUGAAGAGAAAACUUUGGUUGAAGGGAUGGCACAUUCUGUAGUCGACGCAAUCAAUGCCCAAACCGCACCUGAACGGGCUCUCUGUUCGCCAUUACGUCUGAAAUCAUUGAUUUAUGCACGGAGAAUGGUCCCCAACGAGGCUUUGCUGAAGUACAAAAAUGUGAAAGAUGCGGAUGGAUUUGUGCCUGACCUUUCUGGUUCUACCAAACUUGCAAUUGUUUAUUACCAAUUGAAACUUGGCACAACUCCGGGGAAAGCUGAAUAUGAAAUUACCCUUCGUCACGAAGUCUCCGCCAAUAAGCUCUUCAUUGAUCUCAAUUCGAUCAGUCAUAUCAACAAAUAUGGCGACGAUCCUCAUUGCAUUAUCGACAAAAAUUAUUUUCUUGCCACAUAUUGUGUUUGCUAUGACAAAGUU